GGCUCCCCCCUGCCUCCUGCCUGUCCCCGCGCCGGACUUUUCCCUCCUCCCGAGGAUGAGGCGGCCGACGCGGCGGCUGGCGCUGUCUCUGAUGGGGGUGCUCUGGCUCGCCGCCCUCCUCCUCUUCUUCUUCGGGGCGCGGAGGAAGUUGGAGGCGGCGGAGCCCGAGGGACACACGCCGGAGGAAUCGGAUGUGGACUGGGACGACCUUUGGGAUCAGUUUGAAGAGCGGAGGUACCUGAGUGCCCGGAGGUGGAAGGGCGGCGAGGACCCGUACCGGCUCCAUGCCUUUAACCAGCGGGAGAGCGAGAGGAUCCCCAGUGACCGUGCUGUCCGUGACACCCGCCAUCACAGGUGUACGACUUUGCACUAUGGCCAGGACCUCCCACCAACAAGUGUCAUCAUCACCUUCCACAACGAGGCCAGGUCAACCCUGCUAAGGACAAUUCGGAGCGUGCUGAACCGCACCCCAGUGCACCUCGUCCAGGAAAUCAUACUAGUGGAUGACUACAGUGAUGAUCCUGAUGACUGCCGCUUGCUGGGCCAGCUCCCCAAGGUGAAGUGCUUGCGGAAUGGACGGCGAGAAGGUCUGAUCCGGUCCCGAAUCCGAGGGGCAGAUGUGGCAAAAGCAGGUGUCCUGACCUUUCUGGACAGUCACUGUGAGGUGAAUAAGGACUGGCUGCUCCCUCUGCUGCAGAGGAUCAAAGAGGAUCCCACCCGAGUGGUCAGCCCCGUUAUUGACAUCAUCAACUUGGACACUUUUGCUUAUGUGGCAGCAUCCUCAGACCUGAGAGGAGGUUUUGACUGGAGUUUGCAUUUCAAAUGGGAGCAGCUUUCCCCGGAGCAGAAAGCCAAAAGACUUGAUCCCACCGAACCCAUUAAGACACCCAUCAUUGCUGGAGGGCUGUUUGUGAUCGACAAAGCCUGGUUCAACCACCUGGGGAAAUAUGACAGUGCCAUGGACAUCUGGGGUGGGGAGAACUUUGAAAUCUCUUUCCGUGUGUGGAUGUGUGGAGGGAGCCUGGAAAUCAUCCCCUGCAGCCGCGUUGGUCAUGUCUUCCGGAAGAAACAUCCAUAUGUCUUUCCAGAGGGAAAUGCCAAUACAUACAUUAAAAACACCAAGCGCACCGCGGAGGUGUGGAUGGAUGAGUUCAAGCAGUACUACUACGCAGCUCGUCCCGCAGCCCAGGGGAGGCCUUAUGGAAAUGUCCAGAGCAGAGUGGAGCUGCGGAAGAAGUUGAAAUGCCACAGCUUCAAGUGGUACCUGGAAAACGUUUAUCCCGAACUUCGGAUUCCCGAGGAGUCACUCUAUCAAACUGGGAUGAUCAGGCAAAGACAGAGCUGCCUGGAGUCACACAAGUCUGAAGACCAAGAGCUCCCCAUCCUGAGUUUAAAUCCUUGUAACAGCAGCAAGGGCACAGUAGCAAAGGCACAGGAAUGGACAUACACGUACAACCACCAAGUUCGCCAGCAGCAGCUGUGUUUGUCUGUGUACACUCUCUUCCCUGGUUCCCAGGUGCUGCUGUCACCUUGUAAAGAAGGUGACAACAAGCAGCGAUGGGGUAAGGUUGGGUCACACAUCGAACACAUAGCCUCACGCUUCUGUUUGGACACUGAGACGAUUGGGGACACCCAUGAAAGUAUUAAAGAGCUUGUCAUCAACCCUUGUGAGAGCACAGCCAUGAGUCAGCGCUGGGACAUGGUGAUGUCUUGACCUGCUGGAGGACGUGCACGGCAGGGACGGGCACUGAGACGUUGCUAUGCACAGCCACAAUGCACCAGCUGGAGCUCAGAUGCAAAACCAUUGGGAGUCCUUGUGUUCUGUGGGACAGAAGGAGAAUCGUUCAAAUAAGAAUGGGACACGGCGCUCCGAGUUGAACAACGCAUUUUGACUCUGAGACACGCAGCUGGUAUUGGCCUGUUGGCAGUCAUACAUGCAGAGAGAAGGGAUGGCUAAAAAACAAGCUUGAAAUGUUUUAGAGGGAUACUGGGGCUCCUGCAAUGGGCUGUACAGAACUUCAGUGUACACAGUAUUGGUUAAUCCACCUGAAAACACAGGCAGAAGAGCCUUGAAGACCAAAGGGAAAUUUGGACUGAGCAAAGCAAGCAUCUCAAUAGCUUUUGAGGGUUGAGGUGGGUGCACAAGGUGGGAUGUGCCAAGGGAUGCUAAGAAACAACUCCAGGGAUCAAGUGGAAAACACUGAAUUAUUCUUUGCACUUUUUAUUGCUGUGGAUGUUUUUGUCUCUGCAGACAGCAUGGGUGGAGCCAUGUUGCACGUUUGAAUUUGUACCUAAUCCACGUACAUGUUGUGUAUACAGAGGCAGAGCAGUCAUUUAUGUCUGUGGCCAGGAUCAAAACAGCAAGUAGUGGGGGAAUCCUGCUUUGUGCUAACUGCACAUGGGGCUUGUUGAAUCUCCAAAGCCCAAGCAAACAGAGGAUUCAGUGUGUGAGAUUAAAGGAUAUAAACUGCUGUGAAGCUAGGAGGAAAUGCAGUAACAUGAUUAUUUCUUCUCUCUGGAGGCAAUGGGUCACUGAAAACUCCCCUAUAAUCUCUCUGUGUGUCUCUCACUGCUUCAGAUCUGGACUAAAUCAAAUUUUCACUUUUAUUCCAUAAAAGUAAUAUUUUUGGUAAUUGAA